AUGGGGAGAUUCCCAGAUAAUAUAUUCCACCUCCCAAACCUCCAGCUGCUUGAGGUAGGUUACAACUACAAUCUCACCGGUUCCCUUCCAACGUAUAACUGGAGUACUCCUCUCAAGUCCUUGGGUCUCUCUAGUACUGGAUUCCCAAUUGACAUACCUAAUUCUAUCAGCAAUCUCAAGUCCUUAAAAGAUUUGUCCCUCAGAAAUUGUAGUUUCAUAGGUUCAUCGCAUCCAACAUUUCUUUCAAACCUCACACAAAUAACUUCUUUGGACCUCUCAUAUAAUAACUUUGGUGGUCAGUGUCCAUGGUCCCUCCUAAACAAUGCAGGACUUACUUUGUUAGAUCUCUCAGGCAACAAUUUCAUAGGUCAACUUCCAAAUCUUUCAGCAAACUGGACAAAAGUUUCUUCUUCAAACAGUUCUUCCAAUAGUCAGUCAGUUAGUCAAAUUCCUUCCAAUUUGGUAUAUCUCGAUUUAUCUCAUAACUUAUUGAACGGCACUAUACCAUCUUGGGUGUAUGACAUACCAUCUUUGCAGGAAUUAUUUCUAGACAAUAACCAAUUCACUGGGCAUAUUGGUGAAUUCCUGCAUAACUCAUUGGUUGAUCUUCUGUUGAGUAAUAACAAACUACAUGGUCCCCUUCCAUUGUCAAUCUCUAAAUUGGACACCUUCCGUGGAAGAACUUGGGAUAUUCGUUCUAACUUGCUUCAAGGACCACUUCCAAUACCUCCACUGGGCAUAUCUUUCUUUUCAGUUGCAAGGAAUAAAAUAACUGGACAAAUCUCUUCCUUGAUUUGCAAUCUCAGUUCUAUUGUGUACCUUGAUUUGUCUUAUAAUCACUUGAGUAACAUGAUUCCUCCAUGUUUUGGAAACUUUAGUGACAAUCUCAUGGAUCUGAAUUUACAAAAUAACAAUCUUAAUGGCACCCUCCCAACGAAAUUUGCAAAGGGAUGUCGCUUGAGAAGUCUUAAACUCAAUGGCAACCAAUUUGAAGGGUCUUUGCCACAAUCAUUGGUCCGUUGUAGAAAUUUGGAAGUUCUAGAUUUUGGUUACAACAAGAUUAAUAGCACCUUCCCUUGUUGGUUGGAAACUCUUCCAAAGUUGUAG